AUGGAUGAGAACUGUGAUAUGCCGGAAGUCGUCACAGGUAAAGAGAGACAGGACAGAACAGCCAGGCUGGUGUUUAACAGAGAAAAUUUGAAGGAACUUCGUAAAGCUGUCAAUGAUCUUUUUGAUAUAUUCCACGAUAUUUUGGAAAGAGAUUUCGAAUUCGGAGCAUAUUUCAAAGUAGAAGAUAUCCUGAAGAGACUUGAAAAUGUGGAGGAAGUCCAUUGGAGGUCAAUUCGUAUGACGUAUCUAGAUGAAGAUCGCCAUGGUUACUGUAACGGUAACUUUAGUGACGAUGAACUCAAAUGUCCCGCCAAAAUUAUGCUCGACAUUCUAAAAUGUUUAAAGUGUUUACGGGAUGGUGUAUAUGAUAAGAUAGACCAAAAACACUACGAGAUUUUAGAAAUAGAGAGAAAGACUGCAGAAUUCAGACAUCAGUCCGACUGUAUACAAGGGCAGCUAAUGGAGGAAAAAUUACGUAUGGCACAAAAGGUCAUAGAUGCGGCUCGACAAGAAGGAAAACUUCAGUAUUUAGAAAAAUCUUUACAGGAAAAGACUGAUAGACUUCACGAAUUACAAAGAACGAGUUCUGUGAAUCUUUGGGACAAAGAAAAAGAACGCAUACUGAAAGACUCGAAUAAAAGAAUCGCAGAACUUGAGCAAGAAUUGGCAAGUGUGCGGAACAGCCAAAACAACAUGAAUCGUAGAAUGUCGAAAAUCGACGACCAGUAUAAAGCUCUUAAGUUACGACAGGAAAAGACUAGUGGAAGUCUAGGGAGUGAUUCAGAUGGAGAUGAAGUCAAUUCGCUGAAGAGAGAAGGUUACAUCAAAGAAAAGGACAUAGUCCAUCUAGAAGGAGAACUCUACACCCAACAAAAGUUAUUUGUUGGUGUACUUGGUGGACUGCGGACGGACAUCAACAAACUCAGUGAGCAGUUUUACGACACUACGACACACACGAGAGAUCCCGCCUUUGUGAAGUUGAGUCGGACGUUGGAUAAGCUGUACGAUGCGACGUCACAAGCUAAACUAGAAUCUGCCAAGAUGAUGCUCCCGCCCCACUACACAUACUAUGAUACGGACUUAAAAUUAAGACGUAUCAGACGAUUGUCUAAAGUUCCCGCUGUGCCACAAAUUGUUACACAAAUUCCAGCGAAACCAUGUUUCAUUAGAGAGUAUACGCCACCCUCACAACUAAAUGGCAGUCUAGCCAAACGACGCAAUGAAGUGUUGAUGCCACCGGUUUCGGAGAAUCCUGUAAUCGUUGAUCCCAACACAAACAAACUCAACGGCACAGUCUAUCUUCGUCACUUCGCUCACAUGUCGCAGAAAUUUCUGUUAGAUCACUGGGCCAAAUUUAAGGAAUUUGACAAGAAUGGUGAUCUGAUGCUAGAUAUGCAAGAGGUCACUAAAAUUCUGACAUCCCUUGGCUGUGCUUUCACUCAUGGGCAGAUUGAGGAGGCGAUGACGGAAGUAGAUGUGGAUAACUCUAACUCACUCGACUUUUACGAGUAUAUGUUGGUGGUGGAGAAAGUCGUACGGCGAUCCGGUAAAGCCAAUUUGUUCACGAAAGGUUUGGCCAAACAAAACAAUGCUGAAGUAUCGAAAGCAUGUGUAAUACAAUAG